CCACAGCAUAGGUCUAAAUGUCGGUGUAACUGUGGAACCUAUUAGGUGCAUGGUGCCCUUGACCUGUAAUUCCUCUACAGAAACCAUUGUUAAAGAAAGAUUAAUCCUGCCGUAAUGCCAAAUGAAAAUAACCAUUAGCCGGGAACUUUCACACUUGACAAUGAUCGUUUACUGGAGGCAACCGACAGAGCACCUCUGUCUGUAUGUCAACGACAGGCAGCAAUGAAUUUAAGAUAAACCAAAUAUCAUCUUAUAUAAGGCCAAGAUGGACGACCUUCCGGAGUGCAUGCGCAAGCGACCCAGACGCCAAUCUCUGUAUCAGGGUGAUGCUCGGGAGGUUUCAGCUGAUGGUGACUACGCCAGUCUUAGGGAAUCAAGACUGAAAAAAGAGAAACUUAAACCCCUUGACGAUAUAGAAGAUGAUGAUGAUGAUGACGACGACGAGGAAAAAACAGCUGUAACUUCACAUCCUACUGUUCAAACAUCUCCGACGAACAAUAUACACGCUCGGAAUCUGUUUCAGAUUGUUGAAAAGGGUGACAUUUUGAAGAUUAUAGAACUAAUCAAUAAGGCUGAUCUGGCUUUGCUUCAAUGCGUCACUUCCAUUGGUGAUUUGAAGGACAUGAAUGUUCUACAUUACGCAUUGCAUCAUAAAAGGUUCGAUGUCGCCAAAAUACUUAUCGAAAAAGCAGGGGCGUUUCUGGCAAGUCAAACGUUUUCACUCCACGGAUCUACUUGCACUGCCCUCCAUCAAAUUACAGAAAGCAAUGGCAUUGACUUGGCUAGAUUGAUCCUGAAUACUAAAUCACAAGCAGAACAACACCGAAUGAUAAAAGAAGAAGUGAUAAAGGAUAUCCCAAAUCAAAGGUCAAGGUCAUUUUCAUGUUUUCACCUCGCCGCUUUCAACGGUCACACAGAACUCGUUCGUCUGUACUUAAAUACGGGGAUAGAUGUGAAUCUAUUAAAUAGCAAGAACGAUUCAGCGGUUCUGUGGGCAGCUAGAUGGGGACACAACGCCACAGUGUCUUUGCUGCUGGAAAACAAUGCGGACGCAAACAUCGAGAAUGACAAGAAGUCGACAGCUCUCCAUUGGGCAGUGCGUUACGAACAAGCAAACACAGUCAAACUGUUACUGAAGAAAGGGAAUGUUAACCCAAAUCAUAUCCGUUCUAUGGGGUUGGUUGCACCCCUUGUUCUAUCAUCGGCUAUUGGAAACAACCGAAUAGUUAAACUUCUACUAACGAAUGGCGCUGAUGUAAACAUUGUAAUACGCGGAGGAGAAUGUGCGUUACAUUAUGCAGCCAAGGAGGGACACAUCAAGGUCGUGAAGACUCUUCUCAGAUACGGGGCCGAUAUCAACAUGCAAGACGAGAAGGGUGACAUGGCCAUCAAUCUAGCAUCACAGAAAGGUCAUGCUGAUAUCGUCAACUUUCUUUUGAUGAAAGGCGCCGACAUGUUUCACAAUAAUGAUAUUGGGGAAGAUUGCUGGGACAAUGCGAUACAACAGGAAGCUAACGGCAUCCUCCGUGUGUUAGCCAAGCACUACGACGUUUCUAAAAAGACAGCCGGAUUCUCAGGUAUUCCACCAGUAAGUGUAGCUGCACGUCUAGGUCGAACCGAGAAAAUUAAAGCACUUCUACAAAUGAAGUUUGAUCCCAAUGAAGUAGACUUUGAUGGGAACACAUGUCUCCACUAUGCCGCUAUGUACAACCGGGACGAGGUUAUACGUGAAAUCGGCAAUCAAAUAGAUGUAAACAAACAAAACGGAAAGAAGGAAACAGCUCUACACAUAGCAUGUAUGAAGGGCAACGAGGAGGCAGCGUUUGCACUUAUGAAUAUGAAAGCAAAGACUAACGUUAGAAAUACAUUAGGGGAAACAGCACUGCAUGUGGUCGGUUAUUCCAACAACUCAACCCCAGAAAUUGCACGAGCUGUUUUGUCACACACUAUCAAGGUCCAUGACUGGGUGAGCGUAAAUUGCACAGACGAUGCCGGCAACAACGCUUUGCAUUUAGCAGGAAAAUUUGCAAGUCCAGAUGUUUUAUGGGAAUUCCGAUUCGUCCGAUUCAAAGACACGGAUGUUGAUGGUAAUACCCCACUGCACGAAGCCGUACGACCAGGAUAUGAGGAGGUUUUACAUACUGCCCUGGAUAUCUACGAAUGCAUGCAGAGAGACGCUGAUAUCAACCACCACAAUAACAGUGGUAAAACUGUUCUCCAUCUUGCUGCAUCUGCAGGGUUCUCAGACUGCGUUACACGGCUCAUAUUUUACGGAGCCGACCUCGCACGCAAGGACCAUCGCGGGAAUACUGUCCUACAUCUGCUAGUUCGAGCUAUUGUGGAUGAUUGCGACAAUGAAUCGCUUUACAUGAAUGUUGUUGAUACGAUUUUGCAAGAAUCAGUACGAUGGUGUUGCAAUGUAAAUGAUGUCAGAUAUCCAAGCGAUAACAAACAGUAUUUUCAACAACUUCAGCGAAAAGCUAUCCUGUCAUUGGUAAACGACUUCAAGAACGACAGCAUGCUUUCUGUUCUUGGUUACGCUUCUAAGAGAGGCUGCGAUGUAUUCCUGAAACGAAUAUUGGCUAUGCCGGAGGUUAUGUAUUUUGAAAGGAAUGAAACUGUAUACUAUGACAUCACACAUCUGACACCAAUGACCAAUGGAUCUAACAAAAGAUGUUGCGGCGAGACACGAGUUCAACAUUCUGUUUCUCUCAUUGAAUUGCUAGUGACCAGUGAUUCUUCUCAUCGCGCUUCAAAAGUAUUGAACUUGCCACCUUUUCGAAAAAUCGAAAUGAUGUACACAUCAACGAUAGCCUGGGCGUACGCUUUCCUUAUGUUCCUCCACGUCGCUUACAUGAGUGCGUUCACAUUCCUUGGUAUUGAGAUGUCGGCUAAAUUUCGAGGAUUGAGGAAUGGUACGCUUAUCGAAAACAAUGAUUCUCUAAUGAUUGCCACAUACAUAAUCGUUCCCUUAGAACCGAUGAUAUUUCUACUGAAUGGUAUCAUUGUGCUGAUGGUUAUGGUAUGCAGAAGGAAAAUUUCCUCGUCGGAGUCUUUCUUUAUACUGGCGAUCAACCUAACAUUUGCUAUCUUGGCACUAGUUUGGCUAUUCCUCGUUGCCAUGCGCGAGGUUAACCACGAUUACGUUCUCUCUGUUAGUCUCUGUAUAGGAUGGCUGUAUUCGAUAUCGUUCACUCGUGGAUUCAAACAGAUUCAUUAUUUCUGGAAAAUGCUUCUUAGCAUGCUAUCGAGGGACGUGUUGCGGUUCAUUCUUGUUUUUCUGUUUGUUUUGCUAGCAUUUAGCUUUGCAUUUCACACACUUUUCCAGUUGUCAUCAGACAUUGUUAAUGUGUAUACGUAUCCCUUUGAUACUAUGUUUCUUGUGUUCAACACAAUGGUAGGGAUGGCGGACAUAUUCACUGAUCAUUUGGAUGCUGCCAUGAUAACUGCAGGAAGAACCACAACAUUCUUAAAGGUCAUGUACGUUGUCUAUAUAGUAUUUUCCACCAUUAUCCUCUUGAAUCUUCUGAUAGCCAUGAUGAACGAUUCUUAUUCAAACAUCCUAAAUAAUCAACAGGUCUUGUGGCGGGUAGAUUCCAUCAAAAUUGGAAUUAAUGUUGAAAACCUUCUCUUAAAAUUCCCUAGAUACUUUGGAAAAACCAAUAUUCGACAUUGUGUGAUAGCUGCAGAUUAUACCGGCUCUGUUGAUGAAAGAUGGUACUUAAUCAUGACAAAGGAUGAGAUCAAGCUUCUCAAUGAUGGAGAUUCAAAGUCUCGUGACAUCCAUCCCUUAGGUGGUGUGCUUGAAGAACAAUACAAGCGCAUGGAAAAGCGUGUUGAUAAUAUUGAGAAACUAAUGGCUGAAAACUUCGCAAAAACAAUUGCUUUGUUGGAUAAAAAGUUGCCCAAAGCCAACGAAGAACAGGACGGGCCGCAGCACUCCCAAAGAUCAUGUACAUUGUCUAAAUGAUUGGUCGGAUUAAUAUCCUACAAUUCCUAUUCAAACAUCUUGGAUAAUCAGGAGGCCUUGUGGUGUAAUGUACAUGUAGCUUCACACGUCGAAAGAAGACACCAAUCCAAUGAAUGGUUUACAUGACGAAGUAUUGUAUAGUUAAAUUUCGCGUUUGUUCCAGUCGGAACCUGUUCUCGGGUGUUUAUUUUCAUGUUAUAUUCAAGGAUUGUGAACAUAACUGAAUCAGAUCCCAACUGUAAAAAAACACAAGAAAGCUGUGUUGACGAUAUUUAACUACUUAAUAAUAGUGAAAGAUAUCGAUAAAUGUAAUCUAUGUUUGCUAGAUAAAAGUCAUCCAAAUGAUAACAAAUGUUGAUAUUUAAUGUAGUAAUAAGUUACACAUUGGUGCGGUGUAAUGAUAUACAAAGGUUACGGAAUACCUUUAAAAUGUUACACAGUGAGGUGAGAGUUCUUUCCAAAGAUAGAUUAGUUGCAUUAGAAUUAAUGCGAUACGUCAGAAAGAGCGAGUUACAUUAAGCGCAUGUUGGAAUAAAUAUCAUUUAUUCAUUGACGAAGAAAGUACGCCUGAACAGAUUAAAGGAUCAGAAAAUGCAGGCACACUAUUAUCGCACAAAUUUACUUUUCUUGAUAGAAAACAUGUACUCUAUUUUUGCAUAUGCAUUCUAAUUAGAUAGAAUAAUCAAUGACAUUAAGGAACAUGUACAUAUUUAUAAUAAUCUUAAUGUUGAACUUGGUUAAUUCUCAAAUAUCAGUUGACAUGUAUAAUCAAUAUAUCUUUUCGCUUUCCCAUUUUAUCACGCCAACGUCUACAUAAGUAUUCCGUUUAAUUGUCAUACUUGGGUGCAUUGACGCACCCAAGCCUUGAAAUUAAGGCAUUCUUCGACUAAUAUUCCAGAGCAACAACGUUUUGUAUCUAAUACUGGGCCUACACUGUGACAAUACAUCCAUACAAUAAAUUGUUAUUCAAAGAAUAUA